AUGACUUCACCUCCUUCACCCCCACGAACUGGUACUGGAAAUGGCACUGGCUCUAGCACACAUCACGACUCCCCCCGUACUUAUGAUUCCGGUCGCACCUUGAGCAGCUCUGUUGCGAGUCGAUCUGCCCGUCUCCGCCCUCCUCGAUCUCUCCCACCAUGGAUUAACUCUUACGAUGGCGAACAUGGCUCGGCGAGUGACGAUCAAUUACGACUCCUUCGACCUCCUUCGCGCGCCGUUCCACCUCAGCACAAUUCAUCACCAAGCGACCCUCAAAGGCGGGUCUCCAAAGAUGGCUUCAUCGAUCCACAGGAUCCCCUUCUCGGUAAAGGUCAGGAAACGAGGGGCAAGAUUCCUCAUUUUAUGCGGUAUGGGCGCGCCUCGAUGCGUGGCAGGAAAUGGGAUCAUUUGAGAUCCGCAGAACCUGUUAUUGUGCCUGGACAUAAACCAGCCUUAACCUCGCAACCGAGUGUAGCUUGGCAAGACUUUGUUCAGUCAUCCGCAUGGGGCCGCAUGACGGACGAGGACUCAAAAGUGAUGGAUAUUGAGGCUCUCCGGAACUUGCAACCAAACUUUGAUACGCCAGCUCGCCACCCCUACAACGCCGAGGAAGCCAAGAUAUCUCGGAAGAGAAAGCGCCUUGCACCAUACAAGCGUAUAUGGUACAUGGCUAUCCGUCAUUCUCUCGCACCUCUAAUGUUCAGGCUAAGUGUCAUGGUCACUUCCAUUAUUGCACUUGGUGUCGCGGCACGAAUACAUCAACUUGAAGACGUCGACAGUUCAGAUUCGGCUGAGGAGACACAAUCUAUCGUUGCCGUCGCUGUAGACUGUGUAGCUAUUCCUUACAUCGGCUACAUGAUCUGGGACGAAUACACAGGAAAGCCUCUGGGCUUACGAUCAGUUGUGUCCAAGAUUUCCCUGAUUUUACUGGACCUCUUUUUCAUUAUCUUCAAAUCCGCGAGCACAGCACUCGCGUUUGAAAGCCUCGUUUACCAUAACCUGUCUGACACCGCAGUGCGGAAUCUGUCCAAAGCUCUGGCAGCAUUUAUGUUGAUAGGAUUGGUUGCCUGGUCCAUGAACUUUGCAGUCAACAUAUUCCGCACUGUUGAGCGUCUGGGAGGAGGCGAGGAUGAUGGCGUACACGGUUAG